AUGCGUGGGGAUAACUGGAGCUACCAGUUAAGUCAAGUGUAUCGCGUCGGGACGAAGUAGUACACUGUUUCUUUCCGGAGUGCGUGCAUCGACGUUCCAGAGGAUUGGCAACCGCACAACAGACCAGAGGAGAACAUCCUGGACUAGGGAGGGCAGGAACUGCUGUUCACCGACUCGUUAAUCAUGAAACUUCUACUGGUGGCCACAGUUGUCUGGAUAGUAACCGUGACAGCGACAUCGGAAUCCGAUUCCCGUGGAAACUGGAGCAACGAAAAGGCAGUCUCGGAGCACAGAUAUGAGAAAAGUUUAGGCAGCCGAGCGAAGGAAGAGUCAAAGAAGAUCAUCGAAGGCCACUACGUUCUCAACGUGAACGGCAACGACGGAGUGCGUAAUUCUUCUCAACCUAACGAUCCUGGCGAAGCGAAGGAGCCACUCAAGUUCAUUCCCACGAACGAAAGCAAUCACGGGACGAAUGAAAGCCAAAGCGACGACCGACAACGGUACCAGCAAGUGGUUCAGCCUUACCUCGUCUCCGUGGAAGACAAGAGAGCUCAGGAGAGCUCGAACGGAUCGAGUGCCGUUUUCAGACCGACCAGGACCAGUCAAAAUGUCUCCAACAACGUAGUCACUGUGGAAUAUCUUCCAUCGCAGGAAAUUGUGCUUCAAGACUCCACCGUGACCACGAGAUUGCCUUCUGUGCGCGAGAAUAACUCCAACGAGUUGAGUUACUCGGUUCCAGAGGAGCAAACAGACGUGGAGCUUGCUGGGGACUUCGGUGAAAAGGUACGUUCUCAGAGACAGAGGAAUAUCUUUAGUCGAGUCAAGUUCAGACAGCCUAUAGACAACGCGUCUGAGGAGUACAGGAAGAAUAGGAAGUACUUCAGACCUCUAGGGGUGAAGAAAUUGAAUGUUACUGAGAACACUCUUGAUGUACCCUUGGAAGAGCGAGUGCCAUUUUUAUCAGCUGCAUCUGGAGAGUCACAGAGAAGUCUGAAGCAAAAGGAUACUGAGGAGGCUUGCAUUGACAGCGAAGUCCAGAAGAAUAGUAAGGUAAUAUCUAUAAGCUUGCCCUGGUCAAGCGAAGAAACAGCUAGCAGGGAGCAGAAAUCGAGGAAGAACAAUGUGGAGCUGCCUAAUGCUGCCUUAGGCAAGGACACUUUCUCCUCUACCAGUAGCCCGUUGGUUACAGUGUCUCUAGGUAAAUUCUCUGGACCAAUUGUGGUGCCUGACUUGCCACGUCAGAAGAAAUACUCGUCUACCACCCCUGAUCCCUUGGGGAGCAAUGAAUUUUCCAAAACGACUUCGUCGCCAGAAGCAACGAGGACGAAAGGUUCGGAUAACGGGUACCUAGCAAUGUCUCCAGCUAUUUUGAACCCUCUGCAGGUUGGCGUAGCGUUGAUGAACGCGGGACAAGACCUGCAUUCGCUCAACGAGCCUAAUACGGCGACUAAAGAGUACGUUCAAGACGAGUCCCAAUCUCCACAGUUUUCCGCGUACAUUGCGGAUGCUGGUAUUCAGAAUGACUCUACGGAUUCAAGUAAUUCUAACCUCCAAAACGAUCAGCUAACUGAACAAGAGCAGAUCUCUGAAACAGUGACGUCCAACUCUCCUGGGCAUUCGGUGGAGAUCCAGAAAUCAGUGGAGAUAUACCACACGGCGCCUGUGCAAGAGAUACAUUACCCUAUGGAGUACGUGCCGAACAUAGAGCAGCCUCUAGCGAAGCAGAACGACUACAGAAAGUUGCAGAAGGGUCACUUCAAAGAUAGGAGACCUGGUCAAACCAAUGUCUACAAGACCAAUGAGAUCAUCGAUGAGAUAAGCCCUUCCAGCAGUCAGGAACGAGGUCGUUACGAGUACAAUGUGAAUGAGAACGAUGUCGUCUACUCUGCUACCAAUGGGCAACUGGAGCAAGCUAUCCUUCGACCAGACAAUAAACCUUUUGGAGCUAGAGAGCAGAUAAACAACGCUCAGUACAGCAGGAUUCAAGGGAAUUCUGAAGCGUUAGCCAAGGAGCCUUUAAAUGUCGCGAAAAGUCAAUCAGUGAUUGUCACGCAACAACCCUCCAGAAUAAUAGGGAGUCUGUCAAGCCUGGUGAACUUGGAAAGCCCUCAGGGGUCUCAGGAGGUGCCUCAAACGGAACUGAGGUUUGUGAUGACUGCGCCCCAACCGCACACCGUGGAGAAGGUCAUUGAAAAAACCGUCCAUGUACCUCAUUCCAUAGAUAUUUUAGAGAAGAAGGUACCUUACCCCGUGGAGAAAGUUAUAGAGAAACAAAUAACCAUUCCACAACCUUUCCCAGUACACGUGCCAAUAGACAGAAUAGUCGAGAAGCAAAUUCGAAUUCCUUAUCCGGUGCACGUGGAGAAAGUAAUAGAGAAGAAGGUACCCUACGCGAUUCAGAGGUUGAUCAUACCAUUCCCAAUUCAUUUCCGGGUGCCGCAACCAGUCCCAAUUCCAGUAGAGAAGGUAGUGGAGAAACCUGUACCUGUGCCAGUUCCAGUCGAAAAGAUUGUAGAGAAACCGGUGGUGCAUGCGCCUAGAUACCCCUUGGAAACUACAAAGUUUGUUAAAUCCGUGGCACUUCCGGUUUACAAUAUUCAGAACGAUGGGAAUUAUCAGCAAGUGGUUAGACAACAAAGCUUCCAAACGUUACCGAACCCCUCUUACGGAUCCGUCAGCGACGAUCAGAGUUACUACAACAAUAAUAAUGCUACGCAGAUCUAUGGUGUUGGAUACGCAGCUCUGAAUCGCCCCUUGUCUAGGCAACCCGUGGUACAUACAAAGAAGUUUGGAUCGUACGGAGGAGUACAACAACAACAAUAUCCUCAUUCUGUCGCGUACCCUGUCGGCGGAAACGGGGGUGGAAAUUCGGUGUUCUAUGGUAGAGUCACGGUAGAGAAGGAUAACAACAACAAGCUACUGGACGAAUACGUUGGUCCAGUACCAAGGAAAGUACCCAUAGGAAUGCAAUCCAAAUCCAUAAUACAAUACAACUCACCGGAUAUCCAGGCAACUAUGAGGAGAACCAGGCAGGAUGGAGUUGGAGGAAGUGGUAGCUUUAGGCAGUCCAAAAUGGAGUAUGGUUUUAAACCACCUAUGGUGCCUUCCGUCCAGUACGACGAACAAACUGCGACUAAAGUCGAAUAAGCUCACCUACGCAGUGAGAGAACUUGACAAAUGAUUAUUUAUUUACUGAAUAUACAAUUUAUUUUGGAGUGAUGAAGAGGAUUUGGAGGGGUUAAUAUAACAACCCCACCCUUUUUUUGUCGCCUUUUAUGACAAAGCAGAGAAUAAUCAAUCAUCAUCUUUCUCCAAAGGGGACUUUGGAUUUUAUUACCGUAAUAUAAUCCAUAAAGGAUCACGUCACCCAUCUUUUCUUGGUACGCGGCCAAUGACCGUUUGACUUCAACACAGCAUGAAAUGAUGUAUUCUCUGUACUACAGGUACAAGUUGAAUUACGUCUUCAACGAUGCUGUAUAUAUAUGACAUAAAAACUAUAUCUAUGAAUGAAAGUAUUAUAUUUAUUACAGAUAUGCAAGCAUAUUCGUUUUGUUGGAUAAAUCUUAUUUAACAGGCUUUGUACUCGCCGUUGUGCUGAAUUAAUUAUACAGUUUUGGUUCAGGUAUUGAAGACUGAUAGCGUUAAUGAUAGAAAAGAAUGGAAAAGGAUAUUUGUUUAUAACAUUGUUAGCGGAGUAACGAAAUCGAAAGCUAUUUCACAAUUCUAUGUACAGUAUAAUUAACGAGGUUUUAGAUGCCAUUGCAUUCAAUGUAAAUUAAGAUUGUAAACAUAAUAAAAAAAAAAUAAUAUCGUUGAAUAAAUUAAUCUAUAAGAAUUCUUAUGUAUCUCGGAUAGAUUAAGAUUCGAUUUGUAUAGAUUACCUGCAGAUGUUGAUUAAACUUCUUUUUGUAAUAUGAGAAAACAGUCAUUCAACUUACUAUCUUUAUGUCCUUCAAUAAUUCUUCCCAAAUUCUGUCUCUGCGCGCGAGUGGAAGGAAAGCACGUUGUUAAACUUCAUUUUUUAUUCUUGGACGGUACCUGUUUAAUAUUCGAACAAUAUAUUAACAAUCGCUAUCACGUCGGUUCGUUAAAAAAAUACAGAAAAUACUGAUACAGUUAGAGAUAAAAUUAGGACACUCUGGAGUCCCGCCCAGGAUAAAGU